AAUUUCCACUCCCUGUUGUACAGACUCUGGAGACUGUGACACUUGUUAAUGGCCGUUUCUCACUCGCCUGUCGCUGCAUGUUAUUAAUCUCAGUCAUGAAAACGCCAGAAACCCAUUUAACCUUAAUCGAAACUUAGCAUAAUAACACUCUCCUUCUUUGUUGCACAUUUUAUUUAUUUUCCUAGAAAAAAACCUAGGCUUUUGAUUAGAUUAUUGCGGUGCGUUUGGUUUGAGUGGAGUUGUUAUUAAGCAUGAGAUGGGAAAGAGUGGGUGUACAUGGAGGUGGUGGGCCUGGGAAAAGGUGGGGCCACACCUGUAAUUCUGUCUUCGGAGGUAAGCUUCUCUACGUCUUCGGUGGCUAUGGCAAAGACAACAGACAUUCCAAUAAAGUUCACGUCUUUGACACUGUUAAUCGAAUGUGGAGUGAGCCAGUGAUGAAGGGAGCAUUGCCCACACCUAGGGACAGCCACAGUUGUACAAACAUUGGAGAUAAUCUCUUUGUGUUUGGGGGCACAAAUGGGAGAGAGCCUCUUAACGAUUUGCAUAUUUUGGACACUUCUUCAAAUACAUGGAUAUCACCAAGUCUAAGAGGCGAUCGCCCUAAUCCAAGGGAAGGCCACAGUGCAGCACUUAUUGGAAAACGGCUUUUCAUAUUUGGUGGAUGCGGCAAAUACGAUGACACUGAAAUAUACUAUGAUGAUGUUUAUGUAUUGAAUACAGAGACAUUUGUUUGGAAACGCAUUGCGCCAUCAGGCACUCCGCCAUGUAAGCGUGAGAGCCAUUCCUGUUCGUCUUGGAAUAAUAAGAUCAUUAUCAUAGGUGGUGAAGACAUAUCUAGCUUUUAUUUGUCAGAUGUUCAUAUACUUGACACAGAUACUCUGGUUUGGUGCAAGUUGAAUACUACGGGCCAGAAUUUGCCACCGCGAGCUGGGCAUACGACCGUUGCAUUUGGGAAGAACUUGUUUGUCUUUGGGGGUUUCGCUAAUGACCAGAGCCUAUUUAAUGAUGUUUACGUGCUUGAUGUUGCUGUUCCAUCAAGCCUCUUGUCCCUGAUCCUCUUAUAGGAGAGAAGCUUAAAAAACAAAAAAACAAAACAAAAAAAAAGCACAAGGACAUAGUGAAGAGGGCAGGAGGAAGAAGAAAUCAUGAAGUAUGGAAGAUCACGCCAAGCUCAUGACUCUUCCUGAAAGUAGGAAUGGACUGCAGUGACCAUAUUUGACAUGGAUCUGAGCGGACGAUAAUGGAAGAGAUGGAGCCAGGGGGUUAAGUUUGUUUGUAUAUAUGUGUCUGCUUC